CCAUCAGCUGAGCGGGUACGUGGCAGUGACGUCGGGGCCCGCCCUCUUUUCGCCGUGUUUGGCUGUUCGACGCGGAGGCCGGUGUUCGGAGCCAGCGACGCCGAGAGCCGCUCCGGAUCCGCGGGAUUGCCACAGGUUAUGAGCCUCCAUGAAUACGAGGAAACGCCACGGCUCCCAAAACACUGAAGAAGGCGUUUACCUGGGGCCGUCCCAGACGCAAGCUUUCUCUCCGCUGGGUGCCCCUCCUGCGGCAACCACUGCUGCCCCCAUCAGCCUUCCCCAACCUCAGUGGGACGCCAUGUCAUGUCAGGACCGCACCCACGAGUUCCGCUCGGCCUGCAAGUCCUUGCAAAGCAGAGAAAAUGGGCUUCACGUAAACAAGCCGGCUCAGAGUGGAGCCAUACGGCAAAGAAGUGAAUUUACUCUCAUGGCUAAGCGCAUUGGGAAAGAUCUCAGCAACACCUUUGCCAAGCUAGAAAAGCUAACAAUUUGUGAGUAUCUUGGGAUUUACGCAAAGAUUUAUGCAACUGUAACGCAUAGUAAUUUUUUUUUUGGAUCACGGAGAGGCAUCAGCUCCAUUAAUGGAAAGCGGGAGAAAUGCAGGAAUGAGAAAACUGUCAGCUGGCUGGAUUCGUACAUCCAGAGCCGGGCGGACACCAUGCAGAACAUCGAAUCAACCAUCGUAGAGCUGGGCUCCAUAUUUCAACAACUGGCACACAUGGUCAAAGAACAGGAAGAGACAAUCCAGAGAAUCGACGCCAACGUGGAGGACACCCAGCUGAACGUGGAGGGCGCCCACAUGGAGAUCCUGAAGUACUUCCAGUCGGUCUCCUCCAACCGGUGGCUGAUGGUGAAGAUCUUCCUCAUCCUGAUCGUCUUCUUCAUCAUCUUCGUGGUCUUCUUCGCCUGAGGGAGGGGGGGGGGGGGGGGCUCGGACUCCCCUUUCCCCUUCCUCCUCGUCCUUCCUGAGCCGUGACGGACACUUGGACACUGCCACUUUUUUUGCGAAGCCGGCCCUGGCCAGAGAGCGGGCGAUGGCCGCUCUCGCCUUGAGCCCACAGCCGAAGACCGCCCACCCUGCCUUUCCCUUCGCUGCGGUUCCUUCGGCCCGAAAAUGAGGCUGUCUCCCCCCCCCCCCCUCCCGUUGGGAGGGCAUUUGGGACGAGGCGGGGGAGGGCCCUGCGGCAGACACCCCCCCUCCCCCCCCAAUUAUAUGGGACGUUAGUGCUGCGUUGCUCAUCCUAGCCGGGUUUUAAGAGGGGUGGACUUCAACUCCCAGAAUUCCCUAGCCAGCCAUGGGUCUUGAAGUCCACCCCACCUUAAAGCGUGCUGGCUGGGGGAGGGGAUUCUGGGAGUUGAAGUCCACCCCCGUUCAAGCUGCCAGGUCGAGCAGCGAUGGGGUAGCUGGGACCAGUAUCUUCCUUCCUCCUUUAUUGUGUUGUAUAUUCUCUCCUCCCUCGGGUGUGCUAACCACGACCCUCUUUAUUAUUAUUAUUAUUAUUUUAUUUUUAAAACAAAUAUAUGAGUAUUUCAGAACAGAGUCCAACUUCCAGGCCUUCCUCCUUGGUUCCCGGCGAGGAGAGAGCUGGGUUUUUCAGGAGCCAGGUGGAGCAUGGCCACACACCCCAGAAGGCCGCAUUCCCUUCCUCGUUUUAACGUAUUUUAAGUUAUCUUCUUUUUCGGGGAGAGGUUUUUUCCCUAGCAGGGGGAGUAGACCAGGCCCUUUGCCCAGCUGCUCUCUCCCUCUGAAGACAGCCCCUCCCCGCCUUACCCAGUAGGCAGGUUUUUGUAGCACAUUUGAGCCUUGCUGACCAAGUGUGUCUUCUCUAAAGUUACUAAGCUGGAAUGGCAGAUCAGUUCUUGCUCACUGUUGGAUAGGAACCCCAGUUCUUCAACCCAAUUCGCAGGCUUUCCUCCUCCUCCUCCCUUUCUCUUUUCCUCCUCUCCUUCUCCUCCUGCUCCCCCUCCCCUUGUCGUCCUCUUCUUCCUUCUUUCCUCCUCCUUUCCUCCUCUUCCCUUCUUCUCUUCUCCUUCUCCUUCUCUGCUACAGGAGCAAAGAAUCUGCGCACCUCAAACUAUUAACAUCCCCCCCCCCCCCCCCCCAAUGCCUGUAAAUUUCAGCCUGGCUGAUCCCGAAAAGCUCUGGGCGCUUCAGUUCAGCAGCCUUGGGCCAGGUGAGAUUUUUCUGCCUCCCCGUUCCCAGUACAGCUGUUCCACUUCCAGUUCAGCUUCAACGGUUCUUCCUCUCUCAAGCAUUCCUGCUUUCCCCAAACUUAAUUUUUACACUACCGGAGAUUUCAUAAAACAUAUUGUUUCAUCUUCCUUUAAAAAGAAAAAAAAC